AUGCAUUCUCUCGUCCUAUUGACAACCUUCAUAGCCCUGGCAACAGCCACACCCACAACCGAGCCCUGCAACACAACAACGACCUGUCUGACCCAAUCCUCCGCCGAAAAAGUCGCAGAUAACUUCGCUCAUAUCUUCAGUGACUUCACCGAAGAAUUCGCGAAUCAGACUUUAGCCAUCGAUGUCACGGAUCAGACGGAUAGUGUUUGUUGGCUGAUCAGCAAUGGCACGGAUUGUCCUUCUAUACAUGAUAUACAUGAUACUGAUGAAGAAGAUCGGAACCGAAACCCUCUCCAACCGAAGAGAAUUCCUAGACGCUCAAGCCACACAACCGAAUCUUCCAUUUCUGAUCUUGAACUCAACUCCCUCCCUCCCUCUCUUUUCCAGACAUUAACAUCUCAUCCUCCCGCCCUUCAGGUCUUCACGCGAUGGAAAUUCGACAUCGAACCCCAAGCCGUUCAAGGCAUUGCCGUUCUACAAGUCAUCGAUAACACGGAUUCACAAGCUGCUGCGGAUCAACCGUAUUUGAUCAAGAAUAUCUUUAGUGAGUUUAAUACUGGGGCUUUUUUGGUGUAUCGAGGGGAUUUUGUGGGGACGGCGCCGGAGGGGGAGGGGUGUGCGGUGGAGAAGGUUAGGAGGGGGAGGGUUGGACGGAUGUCGUGGAUUUUGGUAGUUGAGAUGUUGGGAGCAUGGACUCUUGGGGUGAAGUUCGCGUUUCUUGCUAGCAUGCCGUCGGCAGCGUUAUUAGGAAUGACUCGAAACGACGGGUAUGGAGGGAGCAGGAAUAUUGCUUCUAAUUGGCUCGGAGAGCAGACCAUUCCCUCCCUCAAUCGUGGCAAUGUCUCAUAUGAUGACAGACUUCUCAAGUCGGUUGGCGAAAGUAUCUAUCUGGUGCUGACUCUGCAAAGCGCCGAGGGCUUCCAAGCUUCUUCGCAGAUAUGUGAUGAUACUUACGGUCUGAUUCAGACUACGAAUUUCACGUGCGCUCGACCGUCUCUCCUGACGAAGCGCAUCAAGUCCUUGCUGUGUGGGCAAGUAUCCGUCAGGAGUUUUUCGUCAACCGUCAUCAGUCAUCUCGUUCCGAUCUUCAUCGACGAUACUGGGCAGGCAGAGGAUUGGACCUUUUGA